AUGGACGGCAACGAUGCUUUGAAGUUGGUGCUGCCUGCAGCAGCCUUUGCAGUGGGUGUGUCUCUAUUGCUGUACUACUGGCCAAGGCCAGCCAAGGUCUUUUUGACACGCGAGCGUAAGCGAGCCCAGGUGGCAGAUGUUGUGGAGCUGUCACACGAUACCAAGCGCGUCCGACUGUCCUUGGGCAACAAGAGCACCGUGCUAGGACUUCCGACCGGCAAGCACGUUGUGCUGUAUGCGCCAAACCCGGAGAAGUGCAUCUCCUCGGGCACCUGGAACGGUCAGCCGGAUCCCGACAAGGGCAAGCCAGAGAUUGACAGAAAGUAUACGCCAGUGACUGGCAAUGAGCUGCCGGGCUACGUAGAUUUAGUGGUCAAAGUCUACAAGCCUGGCACAGUGAAGAUGCCAGACGGCAAGGAAACCAACUGGGCAGAUGGUGGAAAGAUGGGCUUGUAUUUGGACAGCAAGAAGCCUGGCGACUGGGUGGACAUCAUGGGUCCCUUGGGAGUGAACGAGUACCUGGGCAGGGGCAUGUUCAAGCUGCCUGGAAAAACGAUCACUGUGAAGCACAUCGGCAUGAUGGCUGGGGGCACUGGCCUGACGCCGAUGCUCCAGGUGGUGCAGAAUGCCCUCAAGGACAGUGGCGACAAAUGCAACUUCUACAUGAUUUAUGCCAACAAGACAGAGAAUGACAUCCUUUGUCGGGACAUACUGGAUGACCUGGUGAAAAGCAGUGGAGGCCGCUUCAAGCUCCACUACACCUUGGAUUUCCCGCCAGCUGGCUGGAAGCACAAGAAAGGCUUCAUCACUGCGGACAUGAUCAAGGAGUGCCUGCCUCCACCUUCGCCGGACUCCCUGAUAUUGAUGUGUGGACCGCCUCCAAUGAUCGAGCACGCGUGCAAGAAGAACCUGGAGGCCGAGCUGUCGGUACAAGGUGGCCGCUUUCGCAUCGGAGCUGAGGCCCUGCACUAUGACAAAGCGCGGAUGGAGAAGUUCCAGAAGCAAAAAGCCCGCUGGAAGAGCAUCGAGAGCUACUUUUGGGACGCUGCUCGGCACAUUGCCAUGAGCAGAUACCUGGAGUAUAGCGACCCUGGGGUGAAGCUUUGCGAGCCAAUCCGUAUCAAGGAGCGGCCACCGAGGUUAGGCCUCACCUGGCUGACUGGGCCUGAAGACAGCUUCAAAGAAUAUCUCACCAAGCGGUACAAGGGCAACAGCUCAGUGUGCUGCGGAGGUCGCUUUGCUACUGGUCAAGUAUGGCCCAAUGCAGCGUCGACUUUUACGCUGACCUUCGGCCCUGGAGUCUGGUACUUCCAUUCCUUGCUGCCAAUAGUCCGCCCUGGCAUUAUCCUGACCUCGUUCAUUGGCAUCUCACAAUCAGUUCUGGGGGCCGUCAUCCUGGUGACUUUCUUCUUGGCGUCAGCCAUGAACCCGGGCAUCAUCCCGCGGAACGAGACCAUCCCAAAGGAGCUCGAGCAGCAGCUGGACCUCAGAGGGGUGCCUCGCCACCGAUUUUUGAAGAUCAGCGAAAUCACCGUGAAACAGAAGUAUUGCACGACCUGCAAUAUUUUUAGACCGCCACGCUCGAAGCAUUGCUCGUUUUGCGACAACUGCAUUCUGCGCUUCGAUCACCAUUGCACUUGGCUUGGGAAUUGUGUGGGGCUAUACAACUACCGCUACUUUGUGGUGCUGAUCUAUGCCUCCACAUUUUUCCUCCUGCAGUGCCUCUACGUGACCGGCUGCUACUUUGGCGAGAAGGCAGAGGACAAAGGCGGCCCUGACUAUGGCGUUUUGACGGUGAUCGAAGUGCUGUCCGAGGAGCUGUGCAUGGUGUUCUUCUUCAUUUAUUGCCUCUUUCUGAUGUUUGCUGUGCUGCUUCUCUCCGUGUAUCACACGGUCAUAUCCCUGCAGAACUUGACGACCAACGAGCAUGUCAAGAACUAUUACAGAGAAGGCCAAAAUCCAUUCGACUAUGGCGGGUACCACAACUGCAAGCAGAUUUAUUGCUAUCCAGAGCUGGUCUUGCCAGAAGGCGACGACAAGGUCGAGGCUGGCUACUUGCCCUUCGGGUCGUACUCGGACGGUCAGUCUUUCGAUGAGCUUUAG